UUGAUUGGAGUAGUGACCUAUUAUUCAAACAUGCUAGCAUCUGUUGCAGAACAUGGCAUAUCAAAACCAUCAAGAAAUCAUCAAAAUUCUCACCAUUCAGAAGCACCAAAUUCCUAUGCAAACACAAGGGCAAUACUUGGCCAACCUCGACUUCAAAGGACUAAACCAAUUAUAUGGUGUGCUGCAAUUUUGUGCUUCAUAUUCAGCUUAGUACUUAUUUUCUUUGGAAUUGCAACAUUGAUUGUCUACCUUGCCAUGAAGCCACGAAACCCCAUGUUUGACAUUCCUAAUGCAAACCUCAAUGUAGUAUAUUUUGACUCACCACAGUACCUCAAUGGCGAAUUCACUCUCCUUGCAAAUUUUUCCAAUCCUAACAGGAGAAUUGGGGUGAGGUUUGAGUCCUUGAAUAUUGAGCUUUUCUACUCGAACAGACUCGUGUCAUCACAGACAAUCAAGCCUUUUACUCAAAGGCCAAGGGAAAACAGCUUGGUGUUUUUGCCUCAAGAUGUUGGUGUGAAACUUCAAAGGCAAGUGGAGAAUAACAGGGUCAACUACAAUGCAAGGGGAACAUUUAAGGUGAGGUUCAACAUGGGCCUUUUCCAUUUAUCUUACUGGCUGCAUAGCAUAUGUCAGAUAGAGAUGACUAGUCCUCCAACUGGUAUUCUAGUAGCAAGACAAUGUAUAACAAACAGAUGAAGAGGCAACAUGGUAGAGUUCUUUUGUGUUUUUUUUUUCUUUCUAGUUUCUACUUUAUUAGGAGAUAUAGCUAAUGCCUAAUGGUACAUACCAGUGUGCAACAGAGUUAAAUGAUUCUUGCGAGAAAUGAAAUCGAGAAGAUUAGCUGAUACCAUUCGAUUUUAUUUGACUUUUUUUAAUGUUUUUAUUUUUAGAUAGCGGUGGAGGGUGUUGAAGCAAUUCUAUACCAGCAGAAUUAUGAUGUACAUUUUAUUUUAUUUUUCUACUAAUAACAGUCUAUAGUUUUUCUUCCA